GCCUUCUAGUUUUUGAAUCAAAUCUUCUGAUGUUUACGGCCGGAAAGGUUUGUUUUUUGAGCUGCGCGCUAAAUAGAAUGAGCGGCUCGUCGCGGUAGUUUGUAGCGGCUGGUUUGUAGCGAUGGAUAAGUCACCUGUUGAUCGUGGAGGCAAAAACUGGAAAUUCAAAUCUGACGAAGAUAUUGCACCGCGCUCACCGGGUGCUAAUGCUAAAUUAUUGCCGAAAUCAAAGAAUAUUGAUAUUCGUCCGGCACGAUCUCGUACUCCAGAUGCAAAAUCUCCUCCGAAGUUUUAUCUGCCUGGCUCACCUGUUUUAGAAGUGAAAUCGCGAUUUACCUUUGGAACGUCUACUGAGUGUUUACCUAGCGGCGAUCAAAAGCUGAUAGCAGAACAAGACGGAUUGGUUCGAACUUCUUCGUUCAUAUCUCAUCCUUCUCCUUUCAAAUUCCAUGAUGUUGAAAGCUUUCCUAAAAGUGUUCCUUUUGGCCGCAGUCGCAGAAUGUCCCGCUCAUUACCUGAAUUACGAGAUAUUCAAUUUGUUUCUGUGUUACCUGAUGUGGAGGAAGAAGAAUCUGAUUCAUCUGAGUAUCCAGCAGGGGAAGAAGUUGUUGUUGAAAAGCCUACAAGAAUGCCAUGGCAUAGAAAACUAGAUUUCUUGUGGUGUUGUGUUUGUCAAGCUUUAGGAUUAAGCAAUAUUUGGCGAUUUCCAUAUUUCUGUUACAGCAAUGGUGGUGGUUCAUUUGUGCUGCCAUACUUGGUAUUUAUGCUUGUAUGUAGUAUUCCUUUUUUGUGUAUGGAACUGGCCAUUGGACAGGCAACCCAGUCUGGACCAAUAUCAGCGAUUGGGCAAAUUUGCCCAUUAAUGAAAGGUAUUGGUGUUGCAAGCAUGAUGAUUUCAUUUUGGCUUACUGCCUGUUUUAGUGUAUUAACCUCUUGGACAAUGUUCUACACAUUCAAUUCUUUUUAUUCUCCACCUCGAUGGACCCGUUGUACCAAUACUUGGAACAGUGACUCAUGUCAUGAUUCAGUCCAUUCUAUUCUGCAUUUAGCAUCUCCUAGUGACGAAAAAACUUCUAAAGUUACAAACUCAUUUGAUCCUGCUGCAAAUAAUUCCAGCAUGGUCACAUCACCUCUCCCAAACUUUUAUAUUGAUGAUGUUCCUGCUGCUUCACAAACUGGAAAUUUGUCACAUAUGAAUGUAAUGGAUGAAAAAUUUAUUGUAAAUAUAUCACAUCCAGCAGUUGAAUUUUUGAAUGUGAAAAUGCUGGAGAAAAGUAAUAGCAUUGAAGAAUCUGGCGAGUUGCGUUUUGAGUUAUUGGCAUCUGUGUUAUUUGUUUGGAUACUGACUUACUUUGCUCUUCGCAAGACGGAUUUUUUUAGAGGGACUACCAUCUACAUUUUGACUAUAGUUUCUUAUAUACUUCUCUUUAGUAUUUUUCUACGAACUGUAGCCCUGGAAGGUGCUAAAAAUGGACUCAGACUUCUUUUUCAACCUGAUUGGGACCAAAUGGUUAGCCCUAGGGUGUUACUGUAUGCUCUAGCCCAGUCAUUCCAUUCAUUGGGUGUUGUUUUAGGACCAAGCAUUGUAAUGGGAUCCUGCCAUAAGCAGCACAACAAUAUUUUAAGGGAUACAAUUGUGCUAACAGUUGUCACUUUAUUAACUGUUUUAAUGGUUGGAUGUAUUACCUUUGCCACUAUAGGCCACUUAGCAUUUAAAACAAAUAAGCCAUUCUUUGAAGCUUUAAGUGAUGAUCCUGGCAAUGUUUUUGUUAUUUAUUCAAUUGUGAUUGGUUCUAUGCCUCUGCCUUCAUGCUGGGGUGUACUUUUCUUUAUUGUACUUUUGUGUCUGGGUUUAGAUUCUGAGAUAAAGCUGAUGGCAACUUUAAUAUCAGCAUUAAAAGAGGCUUAUACAUAUUAUAUCAAGCAGAGAUUUCAAGGACAUUCUAUGUUUUUAGCUGUCAUUUGUGGAUUUUGCUUCUUUGCUUCUAUACCAUAUUUAACUCAGGCUGGAAUUUUUUUCUUCCAACUGACUGACCAUUAUAUUGCAGUGAUAGCUACAACUGUAGUAGCACUCUUUGAAAUUUGCACUUUAAGUUGGCUAUAUGGAGCUUCAAAUCUCUCUUCAUGCAUUCAACAAAUGACUGCCAAAACACCUUCAUAUUUUUACCAAUUCUCUUGGAUGAUAUUGAGCCCUGUGACUAUAUUGACGGUAUUAGGUUAUGGUUGUAUUAAGAUGAGUGGUUCUGUCAUUAGAAAAGGUUAUGACUAUCCUGAUUGGGCCCACAUAUUGGGAUGGGUUUUAUUUGGACUUACUUUAUGUUGGAUUCCAUUCCUUGCCAUAGCAGCUUAUAGAAAAGCUCCAAAAUCAAGUAUUAUGCAGAGAUUAAAGACCACUAUUCAGCCUAGAAUUCGAAGUCAUUCUGAAGCAAUGUGGCAAACCAAACCAGUGAUCAUAUUAAAUGGUUCAACUGUUACUGCUUCAGAAUUUCCAGAUUAUAAGCUUCCUGAGCUACCAACAGUACCUAAUGCAGUACAAUCAUAUGUGGAUAAACAUUCAUCAAUGACUCAGAAUGCUGAGUCAGCAUUUUAGCUGUAUUAUAUUUUGUAAUAUUUUAUUGGUGCAUUUUAAGCCUCAACUUUUUUACAUUUAGUCAUUACUAGAGUCUAACUUUUUAUUUUAAUGCAUUGUUGUGUAUAAUUAGUUUAGUUUAAAACAUAAGAUUCAACUUAUUUAAAAGUGUAGUAUUUAGUGCCAAAAGUUCAUUAAGAUAAAUAAGUGGCAUAAUAUUUUCAUCACAUACGAACAUGAAGUAUAAUAUUUUGUUUAGACGUGGCUGCCUGUUCAUAGUAUACAAAACAUACAAAUACUUGUUUUAAUAUUUUUUUUUAUUUCAAAGUUUUACAAAAUAAAUCAGCACAAAAAUUCAUAUCUAAAUUAUCUAUAUAAAGCUAUGAUGCCAAUAUACUAUUUGGUUUAUGAAUUCAGUAUUAUAUACAAUCUUUAAAAUUUAUAACAAAACAAAACAAAAAAAAAAAAAAAAAAAA